AAAUGGAUAUUAAUUAAUCAAAUUUCAUAAUUUUAUUUAAUACAAAUUGUAUUUAUAUAGUUUCAGUGCAUACGAGCGUGCCUUCUUGUAUUCUCGUUAAUUGCCGCGUUAGUUGCUGAUAUCAUAUAAUUAUAUAUGACAUCGACGUAAGCGUAGAUUAUGACGUUGGUUACUCGAUUUCCAUGUUUCUUAUCAGUUCCGUCGAACAGUAAAGUCAUACAUAUUUAAUUGCGGUUCAGACGUGAAAACUCUGGCACAUAUAUUUGUCUUUCCUCGUUGCAAUACGCAGCUAUAUGAUAUUCGAAGCGUGCUUGUGCGUUGGUCUCGCUCUGCUCUUUCGCAAACAUACAUACCAAAGAUAGCUAACUUGGCCCACGUGGGCGGGAGCUUCCUCCGUCCCCCCUUCGCCGCUGCCUCUGCUCCAUGAUAUACAUAUUUAUUGUCAUCGCACGUCUGGGGUAUGGUAUACGCCUGACGCCUGCUCAAAUAUCGAAGAUAAAAGAGACAAGGAAGAAAUCUUAUAUGAAAGAACUUAGCCGCUAAAGCUAAAGUCUCGCAAGAACUAUGUAUAUAGUUGGACAUCAGUUCUUGAAAAAAAAGAGAUCUAAGGAAAACGACACUGCUUUUCAGUAUUUCUAAAUUUACAACAUCUUUUUUGAGGUACAAAAUCGAGAUUUGACCGGCAAUAGUAUAACUUAACAAUGCAAAUAAAAAUAACGUAAUAUUAUAUAAGAAUGCGUAAUUCAAGAUCGAUUUUGUAGGGCUGGAGUAGCCGUACCCCAAGGUUUCGCAUGAAUCAGACAUAUAUAUUUUAUCACAGGGACUUAUAUACAUUCUCGCAUGCGCGCGAUUUCUUGUGAUGAGAAUGCGCGUGACCAAUAUUCUCAAAAAUAUCCCACACACAUACGUAAAUUUUAGUGCUCGGCUCUCUCAGCCGCGUAUAUAUUUUAUUACACACUAUAUAUACGAUGAUUAAAGAAAACUUUAGAAACAUUUCUACUUACAAUGUUAUUUAACUGCUUAAAACAUUUAUUUAUCGUGCCAAUUAUUUGUACGAUAUUUCUGCAGUUUCUCUCAUUUUUGAUGUAACAAAAUAUAAAUCAACUGCGGAUAUGUAAAGAUAUAAAUUACAUUUUUAUCAUUUAAGAAUUUGAGGAUAUUUACAAGUAUUUUUGUGUGUUCAGGAAACUUUAUCAGUAUAUAUUCUGACAGAAAACGAAAUUAUUAAACAACGUGGAUGCGCGCAUGGAAAACUUCGCUUUAAAUCGCUUAAUUAAUAAUUACGAGAAAUGACAUCAGUAAUAUGUUAAAAUAGAUAAUAAGAUGUUAUUAAUUCUGAAAUAACUUCAAUAACGAUAUAUGAACGGUAAUAAAAGAUGUAAAAAUGUGUGUGGUCCCCAAUGAGCGCUUCUAGGCACGAUACUGUGGAGAUGGAGACAGUCACGUGAUCGUUCAUACGCACGCGCGCGAAAACGGAGCUAGGAGCUAGGAUGAUCGAAUUGGUUCCCACGGUUUGGGAACUGGGAACGUGGGAACACUGACCGCGUGGCCCGCGUCGCCCCGCGUGCGAGUCGUGCGACACUGUUCACAGUACAGUCACAGUGCUCGCUGCUGUGCGCCACGACGACGUGCACUGUGUAGCGUGUACGUAUGUCGAGGGCGUUUACGUACGACAUAGCAGAUCGUAGGUGACUCGAGUGACCGUCAGCGACACGCACGUUGUCGGUCGGUGUCGCGACGAGCUCGGGAUCAGCGGAGUCGACGGAACCAUGGCAGCUAAGAUGCAGCUCCCGUUCGAGCCACCGAGCUCGGCGAGUUCCGAGAGGUAUGCGAGAGGACAGUCUUUUCCUGAAGACGGUGACGUGUGCCUGGACGACCGCGAGAUUUUUCUUGCCGACGAGUUGUGCGAGGAUGUCGAGCAUUACAGGCACUCCGACGUCGGCACGCCGCAAUCUCCAAGGCCACCGUCCACAGGUUCUCAAAAAUCACCACGAUCACGCAGGCAGCGCACUACUAGCAUGUCACAAUCAAGUAAGAAGACGUCCGCGGAAUCUAUUCUCAGGAGCAAAACACGAACCAUUUAUACAGCUGGUAGACCGCCUUGGUAUAAUUCGGCUGGUCAACAAGUAGAACCUUUUGUAAUCGGUAUCUGUGGAGGCAGCGCUUCUGGGAAAACAACAGUGGCAACUAAAAUUAUAGAAUCUCUGGACGUACCGUGGGUGACCCUUCUUAGUAUGGAUUCCUUUUAUAAAGUAUUAAACGAGAAGCAGCACGAGAUGGCUGCACACAACGAGUACAACUUUGAUCACCCUGACGCUUUCGAUUUCGAACUUCUCAAGACUACAUUGCAGCGUUUGAAGGAAGGACGCAUGGUAGAAGUUCCUAUUUAUAAUUUUGUAACACAUCGUAGAGAAAGUAGAACGAAAACCAUGUACGGCGCCAAUGUCAUUAUCUUCGAGGGAAUACUUACGUUUUACAAUACGGACGUCUUGAAGCUGUGCGACAUGAAAGUUUUCGUCGAUACUGAUGCGGACGUCAGACUGGCCAGGCGUUUACGAAGGGAUAUUUCACAAAGAGGUAGAGACUUGGAGGGUGUAUUAAAACAGUACAGUAAGCACGUGCAGCCGGCUUUUUAUUAUUACAUAGCGCCUCUUAUGGUUCAUGCGGAUAUCAUUGUGCCGCGUGGAGGAGAAAACGAAGUGGCGAUAGAACUAAUCGUGCAACACGUUCAUACUCAACUUCAGUUGAGAGGCUUCAAGUUAAGGGAGAAAUUGGCGCACUCGUAUAUCGGUCAGCCGUUGCCUUCGUCUUUGUACUUACUUCCGGACACGCCACAGAUAAAGGGUCUUCACACGUUUAUACGAAAUAAGGAGACCUAUAGAGAUGAAUUUAUUUUUUAUUCUAAGCGCUUGAUUCGUCUAGUCAUCGAAUAUGCGUUGUCUCUACUGCCUUUUGAGGAUGUAACUGUCGAAACACCGCAAGGGGUGUUGUACGGUGGCAAGCGAGGUGCAACGGACAAGAUAUGCGGCGUGUCGAUAUUGCGCGCCGGCGAGACUAUGGAGCAGGCUGUUCGAGACGUGUGCAAGGAUAUACGCAUAGGAAAAAUUCUUAUCCAGACUAAUCAGCAGACUGGCGAGCCUGAAUUAUAUUAUCUCCGAUUACCAAAGGACAUUAAAGACUACAGAGUAAUAUUGAUGGAUGCCACUGUUGCGACUGGUGCUGCUGCUAUUAUGGCAAUUAGGGUGCUCUUGGAUCACGACGUUGCUGAGGAAAAUGUGCUGCUGGCGUCAUUGCUGAUGGCCGAAUCCGGCGUACAUUCGAUUGCAUACGCUUUCCCGCGAGUGAAAAUCGUUACCUCCGCGUUGGAUCCCGAGAUAAAUGAGAAGUUCUAUGUACUGCCCGGUAUCGGCAAUUUUGGCGACAGGUACUUCGGCACUGAGCCAUCUGAUGAUUAAGUUAUCUUUUUACCUUGAAUCCAAGGAACUGUUAUCUCUAGAGAUAUUCUUAUCGCGAACCAGCCGGAUGUCGUGCUCCCAAAACCGAC